AUGGCACGUGCAAACUCAUGCUUGAUUCUGAGAUCCUGCCUGAUGUUCCUGUCUCUGAGCCAAGGCCAAGAGGCCCAGACAGAACUGGCCUCUGCAUGGAUCCAAUGCCCAGAAGGCACCAGUGUCUAUGGCUCCUACUGUUACUACUUUAACCACUACCAGGAGACCUGGAUUGAUGCAGACCUCUCCUGCCAGAACAUGCCUACAGGGCACUUGGUGUCUGUGCUCAACCAGGCUGAGGCCAAUUUUGAUGCUUCACUGAUUAAACAGAGUAGCAUUGACAACUGCUCCAUGACCCCAAAAAGGAGAGUCUUCUGUCUCUUUCUUUCCCAUAUUCACAGAUUUGUGAGAAGAGCAGAAAGUAUGAUGGCCACUGCUGGUGCUAGAGCAGUGGAUCUCUGGUAUCGUACAAAGCCUGGGAAAAUGGAGCCCCAAGUAGUGACAAAGCCGGCUACUGUGUCAACCUGA